AUGGCGGCCGACCCAACCUACCCUCUGUAUCCAGUAGCAAGCAUCCUCGCAGCCACUGCGCUAUGUCUUGUCCUUUUCACGAGUUUCGUUCGACAACGCUGGAACUUUGGGAUAGCUUCACUGUGCUUCUGGUUAUUCUGGGAGAACCUGCUUGGAGGUGUCAACGCCGUCAUUUGGUCGGACAACUUUGACAUCAAGUUGCGCGUGUACUGCGACAUUUAUUCACGUUUGGAGCUCAUUGCUUAUGUUGUCAAACCCAUGUCGACACUCAUUAUCAUACGGCGCCUGUAUCUGAUCGCCAGUAACGAGUCCGUGGACCUUCCCAGCAAAGCAGCUAGACGCUGGGAUACAGCCAUAGAAUGGACGCUGGGGCUGGCAAUCCCCUUACUGGUAGCUGGUCCCCUCUAUUACAUCGUGGAAGGUUACCGUUUCCAAGUACUUGAAGGCUUUGGAUGUACGAAUGCGCAGUCGGAUACUGUGCUUACUAUCCUUUUCAUCCAAAUAUGGGGCGUGCUCCCUCCUCUUCUUUCCAUCAUUUUCUACUAUCCGAGGGUCGCUCGGUUCUUCUAUCGACAGACUAGACUCGGAUCUGAACGCUCUAUCUUCACUAGCGACUCAUCGGACUCCACGGUGUCGCGGACAAGCUACUUACGCAUCCUAACUCUUGCGAGUGUGGAUGUCCUCUUCACGUUGCCCAUAGGCAUCGUAUCCCUCGUGCUGUUCAUACUUCCGGAGCUGGCCGGUGGACCUAUACCUUUCUAUUACGGCUGGGUCACAACUCACGCCGACUUCGCUCCGGAGGGCUUCUCGUACGCGGAGGUGCGGGAUACCGUGACAGUUGCGCUAGCACAAACAUAUUUCACUUAUUGGGUCCCACCCAUACUCGCCUUCGUCAUCUUCGGUCUCUUCGGUCUAACUACAGAGGCAAGGGCGUCGUACAGGCGCACCAUCUGCGUCGGGUGCGAAUGGUUCGGGUGUACUAUUCCUCAACGCAGCGUCCGCACGCGGUCGGUACUCAGCACAAUUCGGUUUGGUACGCAGACACAAGAGGUGACUCUAAACGCUACGCUCGACGCGCAUCCCAAUACUAUUGCAUAUAAACUCAAUAGCUCACGCCAGGACGACGACAGCAAGACUAGAAGUAUAGCGUGCGGCGACGCGUCAGUAGUUGAGAAGGCGGAGGAACGGUGUCACAAAAGCGGUAUCAUCGCGGUGUAG